AGUAAAACUCCUCCCCCAACUCAGAAGAAACUGUGCAUUUCCUACUUUUAUGCUGUCUAUAUGUUUGACUUGCACAGCUCAGCUGGUCAGAGGAGCUGAGACAUCCGUUCCCCUACGAGAAUCUCUCUCGAGUCAAGCAAAAUGGAUUAUCAAACAUCAACUCCCCUCUAUGACAUUGAUUAUGGGAUGUCAGAGCCCUGCCAAAAAAUCAACGUGAGGCAAAUUGCAGCCCGGCUCUUGCCCCCACUCUACUCGCUGGUAUUCAUCUUUGGUUUUGUGGGUAACAUGCUGGUUGUCCUCAUCCUGAUAAACUGCAAAAAGCUGAAGAGCAUGACUGACAUCUAUCUGCUCAACUUGGCCAUCUCUGACCUACUUUUCAUCAUCACCAUCCCAUUUUGGGCUCACUAUGCUGCAGACCAGUGGGUCUUUGGAAAUACAAUGUGCCAGUUAUUCACAGGGUUCUAUUUCAUUGGUUAUUUUGGUGGAAUCUUCUUCAUCAUCCUCUUGACAGUCGAUAGGUACCUGGCUAUCGUCCACGCUGUGUUUGCUUUAAAAGCCAGAACAGUCACCUUUGGGGCGGCGACAAGUGUGGUCACUUGGGUGGUGGCUGUGUUUGCCUCUCUCCCAGGAAUUAUCUUUACCAAAUCCCAAAAAGAAGGCUCUCGUCAUACAUGCAGCCCACAUUUCCCAUCCAGUCAGUAUCAUUUCUGGAAGAAUUUCCAAACUUUAAAGAUAGUCAUCUUGGGGCUGGUGCUGCCACUGCUUGUCAUGAUUGUCUGCUACUCGGGAAUCAUAAAAACCCUGCUCCGGUGUCGCAAUGAGAAGAAGAAGCACAAGGCUGUGAGGCUCAUCUUCGUGAUCAUGAUUGUCUACUUUCUCUUCUGGGCUCCCUACAACAUCGUCCUUCUCCUGAGCACCUUCCAGGAAUUCUUUGGCUUGAAUAACUGCAGUGGCUCUAACAGGCUGGACCAAGCCAUGCAGGUGACAGAGACCCUGGGGAUGACGCACUGCUGCAUCAACCCCAUCAUCUACGCCUUCGUGGGGGAGAAGUUCCGAAACUAUCUCUUACGGUUCUUCCGAAAGUACUUCGCCAGCCGCUUCUGCAAAGGCUGUCCAGUCUUCCAGGGAGAGGCUCCAGAGCGACCAAGCUCCGUUUAUACACGAUCCACAGGAGAACAGGAAAUCUCUGUUGGCUUGUGAUCUGACUCAGUUUAUAUAUGCAAACUGUGGGGGAGUAGUUCUUUUCAAGAGGAAAUUACUGUCAACAAGGGUUUAAGACUUCAUCCAUCAAUUUGGCAUCAGCUCUAAAUAUAUUAGAUAUUUCAAGCCCAUCAAUUCUAGAAAGCCAAACCAAAACAUGCUGAUGAAAUAGCAAUCUUCUCACCAUCCCCCUUCACAUACAAUAAUUUAUUGGAAAGCUCUCCCCUCACUACAAAAGGUUCAAUGUCUUUAAAAAAAUUUCUCAGAGAAUCAUUAAUUCCUGAGUUUGGUUACCUGAACAGGAAUAACAAAAUGAACUGAGGAAAAUAUUGUAUAGUUUCUUUUCUGGGUAGGGCCAUAGCCAGGUUGCAAAUGUGAUUAAAAUAGGUCCUUCUCUUGCCAUGGAGAGAAAAGACAUGCCGGUGAUCAGAUAAGGAAUGACAUCUUCCAUGUGGGAUCUCCCCCAAAAGGUAUGUUAGUAAGUUCCACAGACACUGAUGCCAAAGAAGAGCCCUGUGGUCUGCUGAGAGCUGGGAAGGCUUCUUCACAGAAAAGGGACUGGAGGUCAAUGGUCUGUUGGUGGAGAAGGAAGCUGAGCUCCAGGAUGCAGGCAAAACUUGGCUGUGGGGAGACAGGCACUGGCUGGGGGAACUCCUGGGAUGAAAAAUGAGGCUGGCACAUGAGAAAACUGGAUGGCAUCAUUCAUCAAAGUCCGAGAGCCGAGUGGGGAGCCCUGGCCAGUGUUGCAGAAGGCUCAUUCUGUAACCAAAGGAUGGCCUGGAAAGGUGAGCAUUCAGGUCAAGGAGACCAGCAACAAUGUGAUUAAGUGAGGAGGCUCCACUGAAGUUGAAGCCAGAGAUGGGAAGGAUGGAUACCUCCUCACAGCAUUGAGGAUGAGAGUCAGCAGAAUUUGGGGUGGAUUUGGCUUGGCAGUGAAGGGCAGAGAGGAAUCAGAGACUCCCUAGAUUUGAGGCAAGCAUCAGAAGUGCCCUAAAAGAGACAUCAAGCACAGGAGGAGGAGGAGGUUUAGGUCAAAACAGGGGUUGCUGGAAGAGAAAGGGUCCGGUUUCGUAAGCUGAACACCACCCUAGGCAGACAGACCCUGGGCUGUCUGCCGUUGACUGCUCCAGCCACCAGAGCAGUCCUUCCAUCCUGGCUCAAACCAUGAGGCAUCCCCAGGUGGCUCUCAAAUACUAGAUUUAUAAAUGCACGAGUCUGAGGUCCAGAAACACUUCCAGGUCAGAUAUGACAUUUGGGUGGUACUGAUUACAUAGUUAACAAAAAUCCAAAGCUUUAUAAGCACUGAGUAAAGAGGCCCGGAAGAGCUGAAGGAAGCCUAAAUGACUGCUUCUAAGUACAGUCUUCUGGAUUUAAUAUCAAUAGAUAAAGGGAAGAAGGACACACUCAUUUGGAAACAAGUUGCUUCAAGCUUUUUAAACCACAGAAUACACAAUUUACCAACCUCUGUGCUUCAACCUGAGUGUGGGGGCUAGAGAUACACAUUUCAGAUGCAUUUCUGAACAAACCUUAUCCAAACACUAAGAGACUUCUUUCAAAGGAAGAAUUGUGUGGGAUUUUUGCAGUUUGCUAGUUAUAUUAUUAUUUUGUAUAUGCCUAAGACUGUUUUGAGUCCAGGGGUAGCUAAGACCACCACUAUAAAGAUUAGGUGGGAAAACACAAAGGUAUGAGAACCUCUCAAGAGAUUAAGAUGUCAGAAUAAGAGGUACUACUGAUUUUUCUCCAGCUCUAAAGUGUGAAACUUGAGGGUUGUGGCUGUCAAUAGGAAGUGACUGGAAGGGUCUUUUGUCUUGCUCUUAAAGUUGUUGAGAGUAUACACGUGGCAUAUGAGCCUCGUCUCUGGGUCAGUUCAAACAUUCUGACAUAUAUAUAUAUAUAUAUAUAUAUAUAUAUAUACACACACACAUAUACAUAUAUGUGACAUUAUUAUGUAUAUAGACAGUUACAAGUUGCUUGAAAGAAAAUAUGCAUCUAAUAAAAACUCUAAAAAAUAAUUGACUGUAUUCUUGUUCUUUCAGCCAAUGUACAUUUAGAAUACUGCACAUAAAAUUGUGAGAGAACUUUUUAAGUAGCUGAUUUGGAAAAUUUCACGCACAUACAAACACACAUAUUGAGGAUUACUUUUUCUAAUUGUUUUUGAAAAAUAGUUGACCCUCUCACUGGGUAAAACUGCCAGAAUAAUUUGUUUUUAAAGAUGCUAUCUCUCAGAGUGGAGAUCCUGAGCAACUGACCCUGAAAACUUUUAAAUUUCAAACUUAAUUCUCUACUCAAGCAAAAGAAUUGACAUGAUUCUUCAGAGAAAAUCAAUGUGUGAUUCAACACAUGUUAGCUGUCUAGGUUGGACAAUGGAAAAGACAUAAUGUUGUAACUUGGUCAUUCAUCUGUAAUCUUGUGUUGCAGACACAUGCUACAGAAAAAGGUCAUCGGUGGCUGUAAAGAUUGCUUUUGUUUCAUUUGACAAUCUCUCCCCAAAACCUGGCUGCCAUUGCAGUGAUGGCAACAGUGUUCACAUAGACUUCUGUGCACGUGCCUCCUUCUGUCAAGGAGGACAGGUGCUCCAGGUAGAGGUGACCUACCUGGACACAUUCACACAGUUUUCCCCCUGCUUCCCUCUCCUCUUCCAAGCACACCCUAGAGUCGGUUGCCAUCCUAACUUGGAGGUCUGUGACAAGGACAGCUUCUCCCUAACAAUACUGAAGGACUGCCUUCCAUCUCACAGGGCACAAGGAAGCAUGAACCAAGGUCAGCUGGGAGGGGCUGGGGUUAAAGCAGAGGGAAGGACCAGGGAGAAAGGAGGCCUCCCCUGUAAGAUGAAGGUGGCUGCAUAGGGAGUUUGGAAGAUGUCAGUUUUAUGACUGAUACACAUGUACUUCUCAUCCUCUUUCCUGCUAAAUAAAACAAGUCCAAUGUCAACAUGAAGAAAAGCUAUCCAACGUGUCUGUGGCCUUCCCAGGGUGCAUCUUGUCCCCCAUCAUGUGUACUCCUCACCACUCAUUUGCCUGGAUCCUCCACACCCCUGGCUCUGCAGGCCCCUUCACUGCCCACUUUUUGCCCAUUGUUUAGAUCAUAAAUGAAUGUUAAUUCAUUGUGGCCCACAGGCUCUGACUUAUCUCAAUGCCUCAACCCAGAAGCCCUGUCAAGGAGGGGGUUUCGUACGUGCCAUGGAGAAAGUCAAAGAAAAGGUGAAUGUCCUUAGAGGGAGGAAUAAUGUGCAAAUUCAUAAAUUAGGAUUCUGCUGACAUCUGUAUUACAAGGGUUCUCAGUAGCAGCAGCUCUCACUAAAUUAAAUGCGUUGGUAUUUCUAGUGACUAAAUUAAUGUCAUUUACUUUAAAAUCAAAGGACAGAUUCCCCCACAUGAACAUAGAUGUCCAAGUGUUAACCCUUCUUAUGAAGGCAGGAGACUUACCACGGAAGUGAGAUGUGAGCCAGAGAACAACUCCUGAACUUCCUAACUGCUCUGGCUCAUAGCUUGAAGCAUAUCCUUUACCAGCAAUUCAGGGUUUGUGCAGAGCAUCUAUAUAACCCUUGGGGUGAGGGUAGACAGAAGAGGCAGAAAGAGGCAUUUUCCAUAGGUCCUUUUCAAUUAAAUAAAAUUCACUAUAAAAAUCUUGCUUGUAUUUUUCUAAAAUACUGUCAAACUUUAAUAUUUUACAUUAUGUAUAUGUCUAUGCCACACCUUUCAUUUUCCUUAAUUUAUUGUAAGCAUUUUUGUAACUCUUAUAUUUGGCUCCAUACUGUUACUACUUUGAGAAUAAGUUCUGUGUCACUUUGAUUCUGUCAUGCUUCAGCAACUUAUGUUUGUCCCUUAUAAAGUGGCAACUAUUUUUUUAAAGUACAGCUUAUAUGUCGUUUUCAAAUUAAAUGCAAAGCCAUUAAGAACCUUGUGCUGUACUGCCCUCCUGUGGCCACCUAGCAAACUAACAAGUGUGGCCAGCAGCCAUCCUUGAUCAGAGAGAUGCAGACGGGGCAUUCUUAUACUCAGCUAUUUCAUGUCUGUCUCUGCUGGCACCACAGCUGUUGUGUACAAGAAUUAUCACCACAACAGGUCGGGGUGGAUGAUGCACUACUCGUUAUUUGUGAAGAACAAGUGGAGCAUCAGUGGAGGCCUCACUGAUGGAAUGGCAAUGCACUCCGGUACUGUUGCUUGGAGAAUCCCAUGGACAGAGGAGCCUGGCCGGCCAUAGUCCAUGGGGUCGCAAAGAGUCAGACACAACUGAGCAACUUUCACUGAUGCCUGUAGUGAAGGUCCCAGCUGCCCAGAACCAAUCUCUGCAGAUCUGGCCAAUUUCUGGGAUUCAGAUUUGAAGUCUGUGAUGCAGCCUGUGGUUCUUUCAGAAAUUCCCCAGGUGAUUCUAAGUGCUGCCACAAGUUUGAACACCACUUUCUUACAGCCGGUUGAACCGAAAGCAGGUUCAGGGAGGACCGCCAUCUGGACAGGAUGCUGCCCAGCCUCGGAGUGGGCGACUUGUGGGCCCAGGAGAGUCUGGACUCAGAUCUUUCCAUUUUCAUAGCAGAACACUGACUCUGUCUUCCCCUAGGCUGAUUUUAAAAGCAUGUAAAUCUAGACUUAAUUGGCAAUAUAAAAAUAAUCUGUAUUCGAGGCUCCAAAUAUUUUGCUUUCAUUUCUGGUUUUGGAUUGUGUUUUGACCUGUCUGUUCCAAGUGAAAAGUAAAUAAAGUGGGAUGUCUGGCGCCCAUGCUGAGCUUGGCGGCUUCAAAUUCAAUAAAGAACACAUCAAGGUCUGUCUGAGAUGGUU